AUGCUCCUGCUUAUGCUCUUGGCCCUGCUGUGGGGCGGGUCCCCGGCUCAGGACCUAGGAUUCUCGCUGCAAGUGCAGAGGGUGGUGAUGGUGCAGGAGGGCCUGUGUGUGCGCGUGCCCUGCACCCUCUCCUACCCCGAGAGAGGCUGGAUGGAGGAUACCCCCGCUCUUGGCUACUGGUUCCUAGCCGGGACAGACUCGAGUGUCGGAAGGCCAGUGGCCACAAACGACCAGAAUCGGGCAGUGCGGACUGUGCCCCAGGAUCGAUUUCAGCUCGUUGGUGAUCCCCAGAAGUGGAGUUGUUCCCUGCUGAUCAAAGAGGCCCAGAUGGAGGACUCGGCGCCGUACUUCUUUCGGGUGGAGAGAGGCCGUCACGUGCAAUACAACUUUGUGAAAAACCCGUUCUAUCUGCAAGUGACAGCCCUGACACAGCAGCCAGAUGUCUACGCCCCAGAGAUCCUGGAGCCAGGACAGCAGGUGACACUCAUCUGUGUGUUUAACUGGACCUUUGAGGACUGUCCAGCCCCUACUUUCUCCUGGCUGGGGGCCGCUGUCUCCGCCCCAGGACCCAGACCAACGUCCUCCUCCUUCUCGGUGCUUACUCUCACGCCGAGACCCCAGGACCAUGGCACCCACCUCACCUGCCGUGUAGACUUCUCCAGGAAGGGCGUGAGCACAGAGAGAACUGUCCGACUUAAUGUGGCCUAUGCCCCCAAAGACCUGGUUAUCAGCGUUUCCCGUGCCAACACGUCAGCCCUGGAGCCCCCAGCACACAGCCCACAUCUAGAGGCUGAGAAAGGCCAGUUCCUGCGACUGCACUGUGCUGCCGACAGCCAGCCCCCUGCCACACUGAGCUGGGCCCUGGAGGACAGGGUCCUGUUGAGGUCCCACCCCCAGGGCUCCGGAACCCUCGAGCUGGUGCUGCCGGGGCUAAAGCCUGGGGAUUCGGGCUGCUAUACCUGCCGAGCCGAGAACAGGCUUGGCUCCCAGAGCCGCACCCUGGACCUCUCUGUGCAGUAUGCCCCGGAGAACCUGAGAGUGAUGACCCUGCACGCAAAUAGGACAGUCCUGGAAAACCUCAGGAAUGGCACAUCCCUCCCAGUCCUGGAGGGCCAAAGCUUGCGUCUGCUCUGUGUCACCCACAGCAACCCCCCAGCCCGGCUGAGCUGGGUGCUGGGGGGACAGACUCUGAGCCCCUUCCAGCCCGCAGACCCUGGGAUCCUGGAGCUCCCUCAGAUACAAAUGGAGCAUGAAGGAGACCUCACCUGCCAAGCUCAGAACACCCUGGGCUCCCAGCACGUCUCCCUGCAUCUCUCUGUGGUCUACCCCCCGCGGCUGCUCAGCCCCUCCUGCUCCUGGGAGGGCGAGGGUCUGCACUGCAGCUGUUCCUCCCGAGCCCAGCCGGCCCCCACCCUGCGUUGGCGGCUGGGGGAGGGGCUGCUGGAGGGGAACCACAGCAACGCCUCCUGGACCAUCACCUCCAGCUCUGCGGGGCCCUGGGCCAACAGCUCCCUGAGCCUCAGCGGGCCGCUGGGCUCCGGCCUCAGACUCAGCUGCGAGGCCCGGAACGCCCACGGGAAACAGAGCGCCGCCCUCCUGCUGCUGCCAGAUAAAGGACUCAUCUCAAAAGCAUUCGCCGAUGGAACAUUUCUGGGAAUUGGCAUCAUGACCCUCCUUUUCCUCUGCCUCCUCCUGGUCAUGAAGACUCUGAAGAAGAAACAGACCCAGGCGGGGACUCCGCCGAGGCCCAGGGCCACACGGAGAAGCACAAUCCUGGACUAUAUCAACGUGUUCCCUAACCCUCGCCCCUUGGCUCAGAAUCGGAAAGCCACACCGAGCAGUCCUUCCCAGGCCCCUCCUCCAGGUGCUCACUCCCUGGAAUUUAAGAAGAACCAGAAGGAGCUACAUGUUGUUGCCCACACUUGUCCAAGACCCAAAUCAUUCUCUCAAGCCUCAGAAUCAGAGAAUAACCAAGAGGAGCUCCAUUAUGCUACCCUCCACUUCUCAGGCCUCAGACCAUGGGAGCCCAAGGACACCUACUCGGAGUACGCAGACAUCAAGUUCCACUGA